AGUGGAACCAACAACUUACACUUGAAGCUCUGUCUAAGGUUUAAUUUCCUCAGACUGUUAUGGUCCGACGGGUCCAAAGAUUCCCAUCUUCAACAAACCACUUCACUUUCCAAACUUCUGCAAAAUGCUUCAGGAGGUCUAGGGCAACUGAUGCAGAGACCGAAGCCCGGCCCCUGGACCCUAUGCGUCCCACCCCCACUCGCGUAGAGCUUGUCUGUUGCCAUAGAAACCCAGAAAGCGCCAUGGCUGCCGCCGGUCAGGCAGAUGAGUGUUCAUCACAGCCGGCGGCAGCCCCAUCCAAGUCAUCCUCACCUUUACCGUCAGCUGUUUCCGUCCAAAAGAAGCCUAAGAAAUGUAUGAUGUAUCCGCAUCCCCCGAGGAGCUCCCGCCUGUCACGUACCGUCCUGCGCUGGCUCCAGGAGCUGGAUCUCAGCUUUUUCCCUAGGAACAUCACCAGGGAUUUUUCAAAUGGCUACCUAGUUGCAGAGAUAUUCUGUAUAUAUUAUCCCUGGCACCUUAGGUUAUCAUCCUUUGAAAAUGGAACCUCCUUAAAAGUCAAGCUGGAUAACUGGGCACAGAUAGAGAAGUUUCUAGCAAAAAGAAAUUUAAAACUACCUAAAGAACUAAUCCAUGGAACAAUUCACUGUAAACCUGGGGUGCCGGAAAUCCUGAUUCAAGAGGUUUACACUUUACUCACACAUCGCGAAAUUAGAAGCAUCCAGGAAGACUACCCCAAUUUCACAGACUAUAGUUACCAAAUGCGUUUGCCGCUCGUUCCCAGGUCUACCCUUUCAAAGUCUAUUAAAGAUAACAUUAGGUUAUCGGAAUUACUAAGCAAUCCCAAUAUGCUCAGCAAUGAACUCAAGAUAGAAUUCCUCUUCCUUUUACAAAUGUUGCAAAGAAAAUUGAGUAGAAAACUGAACCCAGGGUGGUUCAACAUCAAACCAACAGUGGGAGAAAUUACAAUUGACCAUCUUCCUGUGCAUGGAUGUGGGCGCAGAUAUAAGUCAAAGAUUUCAAAAGAAAGAGUUAUGUCUUCUUUAUCAAAAUCAAGCAAUGAUGAGAACCAACAUAGAGAAAUUCAAGUGAAGCAAAGUGGAAAACCUUCUUGUGAGUCUGUUACAAAAGCUAUUAGAACUUCGGACGAAACAAAAGAGGACUCAUGUGAAGCAGCUUCGAAGAAACAAUGUCACUAACAUCUGCCACAAUGUGAGAACAUAGUGACCCAGCCUUGGAUGUAUUCCAAUAAUAAAUAACUUAAAUUGGUGUCUUCGCUGCAA